UCAAGAAACUCAGAUUUCCCCUAUACAUACAACUCCCCCAUAUCUAUAACAUCUCUGUAGAAUUUGAUAAUAAUAUUAUUAUUUCAGAUGCAAGCAAAUAAAGGUUCUGAAUCUCAGCCGAGUAAUCAUAAUCCUAAGGAGAACAGUAAUAAUGAGGUGGUGGCGCCACCGCCGGCAACGGCCGCUGUGCAGGGGCAACGGUGGAUGGCGAUGCAGUACCCGGCCGCCGCAAUGGUAAUGCAGCACGGCAUGAUGGCGGCGCCGCAGUACGUGCCCUACCACCCCCAUAAUCCUCACCAGUACCGGUACCAUCCGCCGCCUCCACAGCAGAGCAAGAAGAGCAAUGUGGGAGGAUCCAACGGCGAGAACCGCACGAUCUGGGUCGGUGACCUCCGUAAUUGGAUGGACGAGGAUUAUCUCCGCAGCUGCUUUGCUUCCACCGGAGAGGUUUCCUCCAUAAAGGUUAUUCGCAAUAAGCAGACAGGGUUUUCCGAAGGAUAUGGAUUUGUGGAGUUCUUAACACAUGCUGCUGCUGAGAAAGUUUUGCAAUCUUAUUCUUGCAUUGCUAUGCCUAACACUGUUCAGCUUUUCCGGUUGAAUUGGGCUACGUUUAGCAUGGGGGAUAAACGUUCAAAUACCGGUUCUGAUCUUUCUAUCUUUGUAGGAGAUUUAGCUGCAGAUGUCACUGAUAUCUUGCUGCAUCAAACGUUUGCUAGUAAAUACCCCUCUGUUAAAGCUGCUAAAGUUGUCAUUGAUGCCAAUACCGGCCGUUCAAAAGGCUACGGUUUUGUUAGGUUUGAAGAUGACAAUGAAAGAUCACAGGCUAUGGCUGAAAUGAAUGGUGUCUACUGCUCAAGUCGGCCUAUGCGCAUUGGUGCAGCAACGCCAAGAAAGUUGUCUGGUUAUCAGCAACAAUACUCAUCACCAGGUGGCCGGUAUUCAAACAACGUCUCCAGCCAGGGUUCGUGGUUAGAUGGAGAUUCAUUAAACACGACAAUUUUCGUUGGAGGACUUGACCCUAAUGUGACGGAUGAAGAUCUCAGGCAGCCUUUCUCCCAAUAUGGUGAAAUACUAUCUGUCAAAAUACCAGUUGGGAAAGGAUGCGGCUUUGUUCAAUUUGCCAACAGAAACAACGCUGAGGCGGCAUUGCAGCGGUUGAGUGGUACAACAAUUGGAAAGCAAAUCGUGCGCCUUUCUUGGGGACGUAGUCUAGCAAACAAGCAGUUAAGGGCUGAUUACGGGCAUCAGUGGUCCGGUGCAUACUAUGGUGGGACGUUCUUUGAUGGCUAUGGAUAUGCUCUACCGCCCCUUCACAGUCCAAACAUGUAUCCUGCUGCAUAUGGGGCUUAUUCCAUCUACAGUACGCACCAACAACAAGUGAGCUGAACGCGACGGCCCAAGAAAACAGAAACGUUCGCAAGUAGUAAUUUUGUUCCAAUUAAUAUUAUAAGACAUAAGUAUUUUUAUUCAU